AUGCAUCACGACGGGGUCACCAAUGUUGAUCUCAAGUCAUUUCCUAUCUAUCUAUCUAUCUAUCUAUCUAUCUAUCUAUCUAUCUAUCUAUCUAUCUAUCUCAGUCAGUUUACAUCUAUCUAUCUAUUUAUCUAUCUUUCUAUUUAUCUCAUCAAUUCCUAUCUAUCUAUCUAUCUAUCUAUCUAUCUAUCUAUCUAUCUAUCUAUCUAUCUCAGUCUGUUCAUAUCUAUCUUAGUCUGUUCUAUCUAUCCCAGUCUAUUCCGAUCUAUCUAUUCUCAAUCAAUUCCUAUCUAUCCACCUAUCUCAGUCUAUUCCUAUCUUUCUAAGUCUAUUCCUAUCUAUCUCUCUAUCUAUCUAUCUAUCUAUCUAAAUCUCUUUCUAUCUAUCUAUCUAUCUAUUCUAUCUAUCUAUCUAUCUAUCUAUCUAUCUAUCUCAGUGUAUUCUUAUCUAUCUAUAUUUCUAUUCAUAUCUCUAUCUAUCUAUCCACGUCUAUUCCUAUCUAUCUAUCUAUCUAUCUAUCUAUCUAUCUAUCUAAAUCUCUUCUUAUCUAUCUAUCUCAGUGUAUUCUUAUCUGUCUAUCUAUCUAUCUAUGUAUCUAUAUUUCUAUUCAUAUCUCUAUCUAUUUAUCCAAUUCUAUUUCUAUCUAUCUAUCUAUCUAUCUAUCUAUCUAUCUAUCUAUCUAUCUAUCUAUCUAUCCACGUCUAUUCCUAUCUAUCUAUCUAUCUAUCUAUCUAUCUAUCUAAAUCUAUUCCUAUCUAUCUAAAUCUAUCUAUCUAUCUAUCUAUCUAUCUAUCUAUAUUUCUAUUCAUAUCUCUAUCUAUCUAUCCAUGUCUAUUCCUAUCUAUCUAUCUAUCUAUCUAUCUAAAUAUAUUCCCAUCUAUCUAUCCCAGUCUAUUCUUAUCAUCUAUCUAUCUAUCUAUCUAUCUAUCUAUCUAUCUAUCUAUCUAUCUAUCUAUCCACUCUAUUUUAUCUAUCUAUCUAUCUAUCUAUCCACUAUCUAUCACGUCUAUUUCUAUCUAUCUAUCUAUCUAUCUAUCUAUCUAUCUAUCUAUCUAUCUAUCUAAAUCUAUUCCUAUCUAUCUAAAUCUAUUCCUAUCUAUCUAUCUAUCUAUCUAUCUAAAUCUCUUCUUAUCUAUCUAUCUCAGUGUAUUCUUAUCUAUCUAUCUAUCUAUCUAUCUAUCUAUCUCUCUAUUCAUAUCUCUAUCUAUUUAUCCAAGUCUAUUUCUAUCUAUCUAUCUAUCUAUCUAUCUAUCUAUCUAUCUAUCUGAGUCUCUUCUCUUAUCUAUCUAUCUAUCUAUCUAUAUUUCUAUUUAUAUCUCUAUCUAUUUAUCCAAGUCUAUUUCUAUCUAUCUAUCUAUCUAUCCACGUCUAUCACGUCUAUUUCUAUCUAUCUAUCUAUCUAUCUAUCUAUCUAUCUAUCUAUCUAUCUAUCUAUCUAUCCUCAGUGCCAGUUACAAUGUGAGGGGAAGUGUAUGCUUGCAAAAUUGUAGAUAA